AGGUCAUCCGCAACCACCGAUCCUACAAUUUUUUAAUCUUAAAUUUCUGAAUACCCGUCGUACUCCUCACUCUUCCUUCUCCAAUAAAGGGUAAAGGGUGGGACUCUAUGCGUGUCUCUCCUUCAAUUUGUCCUUUUCCUUUCAAAUUGUGCUGUAACGCUACUGCUACGAUACCCCUAUGUCUGUCCAGAUAUUAUCGUGAUAUUUGUCUUAGAUCUGUAAACCUCAAUCCGCUCCUUCCUGAUCUUUUGUGCAUUCGGCGUGAAGCCGCUCUGGCAUUACUAAUAAUUGGGUGGGAAGCUAGCAACUUGGAAGGAAGCUAAAUCAAGCUAAGAAUGUACGGCAGGGAUCCGUGGGGUGGGCCCCUUGAGAUAAACGCCGCGGACUCGGCCACAGACGACGACCGGAGCCGUAAUCUGCAGGACGUGGACAGGGCGGCGCUGUCUCGGCCUCUCGACGAAACACAGCAGAGCUGGCUGCUGGGCCCCGGCGAGCAGAAGAAGAAGAAGUACGUGGAUCUGGGCUGCAUCAUCGUCAGCCGCAAGAUCUUCGUCUGGACUGUCGGCACGCUGCUUGUCUCUGCCUUCUUGGCUGGCUUCAUCACCCUAAUCGUCAAGACCGUACCACGCCACCGCCAUUCACAUCCUCCCCCUGACAACUACACCCUCGCCCUCCACAAGGCUCUCAUGUUCUUCAAUGUCCAACGAUCUGGGAAGUUGCCAAAGCAUAAUAACGUCUCAUGGAGAGGGAGCUCCUGUCUGGAUGAUGGCAAGUCCGAUACCGCCACCUUUUACAAAGAUCUGGUGGGUGGAUAUUAUGAUGCUGGAGAUGCUAUCAAGUUCAACUUCCCGGCCUCGUUUGCCAUGACCAUGUUGAGCUGGAGUGUAAUUGAAUACAGUGCCAAAUAUGAAGCUGCUGGGGAGCUCAACCAUGUUAAAGAGAUAAUAAAAUGGGGGACUGAUUACCUUCUCAAGACUUUCAACCAUUCCGCUGAUACCAUAGACAGUAUGGUUGCGCAGGUUGGGGUUGGAGAUACCUCUGGAGGGAGUACAACUCCUAAUGAUCAUUAUUGCUGGAUGCGUCCUGAGGACAUCGAUUAUAAACGACCUGUGUCUCCAUGUAGCACCUGCUCAGAUCUUGCUGCAGAAAUGGCUGCUGCUCUAGCUGCUGCAUCUAUCGUUUUCAAGGACAACAAGGCCUAUUCACAGAAACUCGUCCACGGUGCCCGAACACUCUUCAAGUUUUCAAGGGAUCGUAGGGGCAGAUACAGUGCAAGUGGAUCAGAAGCUGCGAUGUUUUACAAUUCCACUAGCUACUGGGAUGAGUUUGUAUGGGGUGGUGCUUGGUUGUACUAUGCAACUGGUAACUCCUCCUAUCUUCAGCUUGCCACCUCACCUGGUCUGGCCAAACAUGCUGGUGCUUUCUGGGGAGGCCCUGAUUAUGGUGUGCUGAGCUGGGACAACAAACUUGCUGGUGCUCAGGUUCUUCUAAGCCGUUUGCGGUUGUUCUUGAGCCCUGGGUAUCCAUAUGAGGAAAUUUUAAGGACAUUCCACAAUCAGACCAGCAUCAUUAUGUGUUCAUACCUUCCCAUUUUCACUAGCUUUAAUAGAACCAAAGGGGGUUUGAUUCAGUUAAACCAUGGAAGGCCUCAACCUCUUCAAUAUGUGGUGAAUGCAGCCUUUUUAGCUACGCUCUAUAGUGAUUAUCUCGAAGCUGCAGAUACACCUGGUUGGUAUUGUGGGCCCAAUUUCUAUUCAACCAAAGUAUUGCGUGAAUUUGCCAAAACACAGAUUGAUUACAUCCUUGGAAGAAACCCGCGCAAGAUGAGCUAUGUUGUGGGUUUUGGUAGUCAUUACCCAAGACACGCCCACCAUAGAGGUGCAUCUAUCCCUAAGAACAAGGUCAAGUAUAACUGUAAAGGAGGCUGGAAAUGGCGGGACAGUACGAAGCCAAACCCAAAUACAUUGGUUGGAGCUAUGGUUGCUGGCCCUGACAAGCAUGAUGGUUUCCAUGAUGUUCGUACAAACUACAAUUACACAGAACCGACUCUUGCUGGCAACGCAGGUUUAGUUGCCGCACUUGUGGCUUUGUCUGGUGAUGGGACUACUGGGAUUGACAAGAACACCAUCUUCUCUGCGGUUCCCCCCAUGUUUCCAACUCCGCCACCACCUCCGGCACCUUGGAAACCAUGAAUUAUUGAGUCACCUCAUCUUCUAUUGCCAAGUGUGCUGUAUGACUAAUGAGUUUUGGGUGCAGUAAUAGUUUAUGGUGUUCGUAUCUCCUUAAUGUUAAGGGAAAUGCUACGACGAAGGAGAUGCACAUAUGAAAGCAAUGACUAACUUCCCAAAUGCAAUGGGUUGGGGCCAGGUUGGCGAUUCAAUGGUCAUGGCCAGUGUUAAGAAUCGAUCACUGAUGUUUGAGAAUGCCUCUUUGUUUGAGUUUUUUCGUAUAUGUAAUAUAUAUGUACGUAACCGUUAUCAUUCUUUAGACAAGAAUUUAACAGUUUGAAAUGAGUUCACAAAUCAAUUUCUAUCUUACUGCAUCAA